AUGAUCCUGUUAUGGGUUACACUGCUUGUUCUUCAUCGAGGAUAUACGUUGGUUCCAGUGACCACAGUUCAACUUGGUGAACCUGUGACUUUAACGUGUGAUUUGCCUAAUGACGAGUUUAACGACAGACUCUACUGGUACAAGCAGAGUGCAGGGGAGACUCUGAAAUUGAUUGUGAGACUGCGUAAACAUGUGAACCCUGUGUAUGGACCAGAGUUUUCUGCCUCAAGAUUGGAUGUAAAUAUUUCUAACAAAAUCAGCAGUCUGACCAUUUUGAGGACAAUUCAAGAAGAUGAGGGAAUGUAUCACUGCACAGUCAUGGAGUGGACUGAGAUUACCUGGACCGGCACCUAUUUGUCAUUAAAAGGAAACACUCAGAGGACAUCAAACUAUGCUGUUGUUCAGUGGCCGACAGUAUCUGAUCCAGUCCGUCCAGGAGCCUCGAUGUCUCUCCAGUGUUCAGUCCUCUCUGACUCUGAGAACAAAAUGUGUCCAGGAGAUCACAGUGUGUUCUGGUUCAGAGCCGGAUCAGAUAAAUCUCAUCCAGACAUCAUCUACACUGAUGGAAAUAGACGUGAUGAAUGUGACAGGAACUCUGACACUCAGAAGAGUUGUGUUUAUCGCUUCUCUAAGAACGUCAGCUCCUCUGAUGCUGGGACUUACUACUGUGCUGUGGCCACAUGUGGACAGAUAUUAUUUGGAGAUGGAACUAAAGUGGAAAUUGAAGGAACCAGUACGUGCUCACAGAAUGCAGAUGCACUUAUUUUUCUGCUGUGUGCUGUCUUGGCUAUAAGUCUGACUGUCAUAGCUGUCCUUGUUUACACCAUCAAGAAAAACAAGUCUGAUUGUGGCGACGGUAAUAGAAGUUAUUAG